GUUUCUGAGAUGUCAGUCAGUGUGAGUUUCCUGUGCCUUGAGUCAAUGUUGAGGUGACAGACGAGGCGCAACAUGAUCAUUAUUGACUAGUGGAGUCUCACUCCUCCACCCCGGUUGACUGCAACUGACCUGAGGGACCCUUACAAAUUAACUCCAAAGAGAAUGUAGUUCCUUGAACUCAUUCAUUUUGUUUUUAUCAUCUUAUUGGACAACUUUUAUUUAAUUUGGCUAUUUUUCUUUCUUUUUUGAAAUGAUAUCCUCAGUGUUGGUUUGGACGGUGAUGAUGCGACUCCUUCCAAUUGGCCAGAGUUGUAGCGAGGAGACUCUGACGAACUUUAACCAAAAGCUUUGUGACAACUGUCCUCCUGGCUAUUACGCGCCGGACUCGAAAGCCAUGGCCGGCGGAUACCAAUGCAAGAGGUGUGAGGGUCACACCUUCACCUCAAUAGAAAACCACGUGAACAAGUGCUUGUAUUGCUCCACGUGUGAUGGAGAUGGCAUGAACGUGUUAACGGUAUGCGUCUAUAACAGGGAUGCUGUGUGUGUAUGCCAAGAUGGAUGGUUCCCCGAAUGCUUUAAUGACAAACUGACCAAAUGCCACCCUUGUUCCGGGCUCCGAAGUGAUGCUGACCCAAGGGAAGAAUGUAUUCUGCCGCCAAAGAAUCUGGUCAAAGAAUCUUGUCAGAAGUCAACCUCCGCCACCACCCUCAUAACCUCUACGGGGCAUGGCCCAUCAGAGGGGACAUUAGAGCCAUCAAGACCCAGCCCCAGCCCACCAACUGAGCAGGCAAACAGCAACACCAUGCUGAUGGUUGUGAUAGUGGCGGUGGUGGCGGCGGCGGUGGCCUUUCUGAUCUGUAACUGGUUAACGGCCGUGGCCCGCAUCCUCUACCGCACCGGACCGCCUGUGGCCAGCGAUGACCCGGAGUCCAAUUCCCUGGGUUGGAAGUUGACCGCUCAAGAGAAUCACCCUCCCAGCAACAUGACUCUUCAUGCGUGUGAGGAGGCUCCGGCUCCGGCGAUGCUGAUCUCUCAGGGCCUGAUGGCAGCCUACCCCAGCCACCAACACCCCCUGCUGAGACCCAUGGAGGCUCCUGGUGGACACGCCCACUUGCGAUGUCAGGAGGAGGAGGCCGACUUUCAAAACGGCUUGAGACGGCUAAUCACACUCCCACCAGGUGGAACAGUGUGUGACACACAACUGUGAGCCUCUUCCGAGAGGCGCAGUGAUAACGUAGCAAGACAAU